CCGGCACCACAAACUCGCCACACAUACAUACACACACACACACACACACUCGUGCGCGCACACACACAGGAGCAGUGGCUGCUGUGUAGCUCUCACAUUCACCCACUCUCCUCAUCCUCUCGCUCACCCUCUCUCUCUCUCUCCCGCUCCCUCUCUCUCCCUCUCUCUCUCUCUCUCUGUCUCUCACUUCAUUCCUCUGGGCUCUGCAUCCUUCUUGCCUCUCUUCACAAGUCAGAUUGUGCUUGUAAGUAAGCUCCGAAUGCCUCCCCGUGUAUGCUUGGGCUUCCUCGAGUCUUUAUGUAUGUGUGAGUGACUGAUUGCUUACUUUAGUGUGACUGAGUGGAGCAGUGAGGUGUAUCAAGUGUAUGUGGGUCUCUGUCUCACCCUCACACGCUCGCCGCUCUUCUUGCACCUCUUCUCGGGAUCUCCGGGUCCCUUUCCGCGGUGACAGGCUCCCCACACCAAGCAGUCACCAUUUCCGCCCCCGGGAGACCCACGCUGGCAGCGCAGCCCCUUCCCCGACUCAGCAUCGGGAGGAAGACCCUGGUGGCGGCUGCCGUGGGGGUUAUGCUGGUCCUGGUGCUGGUGGUCCUCAUCCCGGUGCUCGUCAGCUCUGUGGGUACAGACGCCGGCCACUAUGAGAUGCUCGGCACCUGCCGCAUGGUGUGCGACCCCUACCUGAACAAGGGCACUCCGGCCAGCAGCACCAGCUCCACGGGUCUCCAGGCGGAGGCGGAGGCGCUGAGCGACCACAGCAACGUGCUUCCACCCUCCACCUUGCUGCAGGGCCCGCAGGGGAAGCCUGGCAGGCCAGGCAAACCUGGACCGCCCGGACCACCGGGGCCACCUGGAGAGCCUGGUCCACCAGGGCCAGCUGGGCCUCCUGGCGACAGAGGAGAUCAAGGGCGGACUGGGAUUUUGGGUCUGGGCGGGACCGGAGCUAUCAGCACGGCCACCUACAGCACGGUGCCUCGCGUGGCCUUUUAUGCGGGUCUUAAAAAUCCCCACGAAGGCUAUGAGAUCCUCAAGUUUGACGACGUGGUCACCAACCUGGGCAACAACUAUGACGGCAUCUCAGGCAAGUUCAUCUGCAGCAUACCAGGCACCUACUUCUUCAUCUACCAUGUGCUGAUGAGAGGAGGGGACGGCACCAGCAUGUGGGCAGAUCUCUGCAAGAACGGCCAGGUUCGCGCCAGCGCCAUCGCCCAGGACGCCGACCAGAACUACGACUACGCCUCCAACAGCGUCAUCCUCCAUCUGGACGCCGGCGACGAGGUUUACAUCAAGCUCGACGGCGGCAAAGCCCACGGCGGCAACAACAACAAGUACAGCACCUUCUCUGGUUUCAUCCUCUACGCAGACUGAGAGCAGGCAGACGCAGAGACAGCCGGACAGGGAAGCGUCGCGGGGGAAACGAAGGGUUGCGUGUUGAAAACCAGAAUGCUUUAUAGUUUUCCUUAUUCUCUCUCCAUCACCAUGGACACCUCUGGUUUGCAUCCAUCAGCCGAGACAUCCAGGCUCCGUAGCCAAGCCUGGAUGCGAGGCUCCCGAGGACACGCUGAGAGGGGCGGCGUGGGAGGAGGGGGACGCGGCGGGA